AGUCCCUCCAGCCGCGGUGUUGUGCUGUAGGGAAGAGAGACGGAUUUGUAAACCCCGGAGCGAGGUCCUGCGUGCCCGAGGCCGCUGCUGCGCGGAGACCCCGGGGGAAGCCGCCGUCACCAUGUCUGACCAGGAGGCAAAACCUUCAACUGAGGAUUUGGGGGAUAAGAAGGAAGGAGAAUACAUAAAACUGAAAGUCAUUGGACAGGAUAGCAGUGAGAUUCACUUCAAAGUGAAAAUGACAACACAUCUCAAGAAACUUAAAGAAUCAUACUGUCAAAGACAGGGAGUUCCAAUGAAUUCACUCAGGUUUCUCUUUGAAGGUCAGAGAAUUGCUGAUAAUCACACUCCAAAAGAACUGGGGAUGGAGGAAGAAGAUGUGAUUGAAGUUUAUCAGGAACAAACAGGGGGUCAUUCAACGAUUUAGAUUUAAAAUCUGAGGGUCUGGACCAAAAGAAGAAGAUCAGGUUGGAGUCAAGAUGAUAGAGAUGGUGAGAGUAAUGACUGACUCCAAAGAUGGCUUCACUGAAGAGAAAGCAUUGUAAGAUUAAAGAAAAAUCUUGACGGAAGAUCCCAGAAAAGUUCUAAUUUUCAUUAGCAGUUAAUAAAGUUAUUCAUGCAGACGUGUAUAUGACAGAACACUGCUCUCUUUUUGAUUUUAUUUGUACUUUUUGGCCUGGGAUAUGGGUUUUAAAUGGACAUUGUCUGUACCAGCUUCAUUAAAAUAAACAAAAUAUUUGUAAAAACUGUA